AUGGGAUGCAUAGCCUUCCUGUUUCAGGUGCCCCAUAAACGCAAAGCUCACCAUUCCAUUCACCUCCAGAUUGCACACGAUCCUGUACACCAUUUAACUUUUCACUUGUGUUGCUACUUUGCUAUCAAUAACCCUAUUUAUGCCCGUCUACCUCUAUUCAUGGCAUCCAUCAACGAUUCGCAUGCUGAUUCUGAUACUUACGCGAUGGACAUAGCUGCGCCACGGUUGACUCCGUUCGUACCAGCACAGGCUUCAGCGGUUGGACCUGAACUGAGCAUUAAUCCCUCGAUCCCGAAACGUAUUAGUCGAUCAGAAUGGGCUCAGCAUGAACCAUUUAUUAGAUUCAAUUACCACCGCAUGGAGCUCAAGGAAUUGCGCAAACUCAUACUCAAGGAGCACGGCUUUGUCGCGAGAUGGAACCUUUCCAAGUCAAUCCCGAAGCCUGUCGCGAAAUUCAUGGUGAAGAAGGCACAGCUCCGCCAGAUCGAAGAGGGGAAAAAGACAUCUUUCAGAUACCGUAGACAACCGGUACCAAAUGACAAGAUCAAAAGAUACACGCAGGAGUAUGCUGAUGGCGCCUUGUCUCCAAUCGCAUCGUCGCCUUCCAAUCUGACUUACAAUACUUUGAAGUCGCCGCAUAUGAAACAUUCAAUUCCGGAUAACUAUUCCAAUCGCAACGAUAUGUCAGUAAGGGCAGAAUUCUACAAUGGCCAGGAUGUCGAUGGCUUCCUCACAGUUUCUCGAAAUGCUCAGACCCUCAUCGAGCACGAUGACUAUCCCGGAGCGAAGCUUGCCUUCAUAGAGGCUUUGGAAGGACUGGAAGCCCUCCUAGGCUCUACAAACAAGAUCGUCAUCGACGUUCUACUCCGUUUUGUUGACGUCGCCAUCGAGAACAAGGACCUCGAUGGAGCUAUGGAGCAACUUCGCAAGUCCUACACCCAUCAUCAAGAGCUGCUCGGUGACAAUCACAAGAAGACUUGGCUGAGCUUUAGUCGACUUGGCUUGGUAUACGCCGCAGAGAAAAAGCAUGGCCAAGCGCUAAAGACGUUCACUGCUGCAAGAGAUGGUUUACACGCAGCAUCAGAGACCAGUUCCGAAGACAUGUUCAAUCUUACCCUGGGGUUGAAAUGUCAAAUUGUCGACGCAUGUCGCGAAUUAGGCGACUUUGAGUCUGCUGAAGAGGAGCUGUGUGAUCUGAUCCGCCAAUCUGAAGGGCUAGGUGGCACUUAUCGAGAUCAGAUCGCCUACUUCAAGCACCAACUCGCUCAUCUCUACACCGACAAAAAAUGGCAAGCAGGGAGACAUCCGUUAGGUAGUGCAGAUCCUCCAAGACAUCGAGUAGAGAAACUUCUUCUGGAGGCUGUUCAUGACUACGCUCUCACUUUUAACGAAGGUCCUUUUCAUCUGUGCACAUUAGAACAGUUGCGAAGGUACUAUGAGACCACGGGUGAGUUACACAAGCUAAGCACCCUGGUCAGGGAGAAAAUCGAACCCAUUCUCAGCACGAUCCGAUCGACGGAAGAUGACUGCGCAAAAGUUCACGACGAACUGACGGUGGGAGUCAUAUCUUCGUUGUCGUGGCUUUGCGAGUACGAGAAAGCCGACUGGUGGUUGCAGUGGCGUCAACAACAGAUCGAGAAUGCCAGUUCGGACGGAUACUAUUCUUUGAAGGCACUAUCCAACCUCAUGAUGCAUGCCAGGUCUUAUCUCGAUCGAAGCUUGCCACAGUUCGCGGAACCAUUGCUUGAGAAAGCUCAGCGGAUAGCCAGAAAAAUCCUGCCGCCUGACCAUGAUGUCCACAAAACCAUAGCUGAGACAAUCGCUAAUAAGGCUUGGAUGUAUCGGACAUGCAAUCGCUGUCUUGUGAACCCACCAGGUAACGACGUUGACGACUCGAAAUGA